AUGUCGCUGGAUGAUGAUAUUCGAGUAGUUCUUGGUAUAGAUUUUGGAACCACCUAUUCGGGGUUUGCCUAUUCUAAUAAGGCCAAUCCUGAAAUUACCACAAACGAAACAUGGGUUGAUCUCAUAGGCCAAUAUAAAGUAAAUACCGCGCUGCAAUAUGACCACUCCUUCACUAAAGUUGAAGCCUGGGGUUAUCAGGCACUGGCAAAAAAGCCUAGUCGUCGACAAUCCGCCGCAUCAAAUGAUUCCAAGCCUAUUGAAUUAUUCAAGUUGCAUUUGGGUGAUAUUCCCGAUAGCGAGAAACCUUUGUUACAGGGAUUAGAUUAUAAAAAGGCUAUUACGGAUUAUCUUCGUGAAAUCGCGAAGGAUACGAUUCAAAUACGUUGGCCAAAUAUCAAUUUUAUGAAUAACGUACGAAUCGUACUUACUGUUCCCGCCGAAUUUACCGAGAAAGCCAAGGGUAUAAUGAGAGAAUGUGCUUUCAAAGCUGAUUUGAUUAACACUUUACAAUCUGUUCAUCUUCAAUUUACCACCGAACCGGAAGCCGCUGCUUUAUAUUGUAUGAAAGUAUUAGGCGAAUAUUUCCUUAACUCAGUCGGAACGUCCUUCCUCAUAUGCGAUUGCGGAGGAGGUACUGUAGAUUUGACAACCCGCAAAAUUUUGAUAGGAAAUAAUCUAAGCGAGGUCACCGAACGAACUGGAGACUUCUGUGGAGGCACGUACGUGGACCAAGAAUUUGUCAAAUAUCUUAGACGUAAAGUCGGUUCAACAGCUGUUGACCUUCUUAAAGAAAAACACUACGGUCAAUAUCAAUAUAUGAUCCAACAAUUUUGUAAAUAUGUGAAAAUGCCUUUUACUGGCAACAAAAGUAAUUUCAGAUCCAUUGAGUUUGAUCUUGGAGAAAAUUGUCCGGUGAUCAAACAAUAUGUACAAGGAAGAGAAAGAUCGUUUUUAGAAGAGGAGGAAUGGAUUUUAGAGCUAGAUUUUGAAAUAGUGCAAUCGAUGUUUGACCCGGUUAUUGGAAAAAUUAUUCGUCUAAUACGCAAUCAAUUGAAUUCUGGUGGCAAUUGUCCAGCAAUGUUUUUAGUGGGAGGCUUUAGCGAGUCUAAGUAUCUGCAAUCACGAGUAAAGGAGGAAUUCGAAUCACGGGUGGGAAUUAUUGCUGUGCCUCGACAACCUAUUACCGCAAUUGUUCGUGGAGCCGUUGAAUAUGGUCUAAAAAUCGACACAAUAAAAACCAGGGUAUUAAAAUAUACGUACGGUGUAAGGGUUUGUCGGGAAUGGGCUCUAGGUGAUCCUUCGGAAAGGAAAGUUAAAGACCGGAUUUAUAAGUUUUCUGAAAUGGCUAAACGUGGAACUCGGGUUGACGUAGACCAAGGGUUCUCUAAAUCAUUAGUCCCUGUCUAUGAAAAUCAGACAUCAAUGGAAAUAAAAACCUAUGUCACUAGGGAAUACAGUGCAACGUAUUGUGAUGAACCGGGAAUGCAUUUAUUGGGAACUUUAAAAAUUGACUUACCGGAUCCACAUCUUGGCUUUAAUAGAAAAGUGAUGUAUACACUUACUUUCGGCGGGAUGGAGAUUAGCGUCAUUGCAAAGAAUACGACAAAUGGAAAUAUUUAUAAUACUACUUUUACAUUAGAUUUAGAUUAA